GACAUACAAAUACUGUUCGCGCGGAUUAGAGUUAGCAGUAACUAGUCUCUCUCCAAGCGCCAUAUCUCAUGUGAACAGAACAGAGUAAACAUUUAUUUUCUUUCCCUUUCACUCUUUCCUCGUUUCCAUUUCCAAACCCCAAUAAUAUUCCAACGCUCCAAUUCCACUCCCCUGCCCCCUUCUUUAAACCCCAUUCCCCCUCUCAAAAUCCUCCGCUCUGCAUAAACACUCCAAUUCUCUCUCUCUAUCAAUGGCUCGGCCAGCAAGCCAUGUGUAUCCUCCAUUGAAAGAUGAACUCGACAUAGUUAUCCCUACCAUCAGAAACUUAGAUUUCUUGGAGAUGUGGAGGCCAUUCUUUCAGCCUUACCAUCUAAUCAUUGUCCAAGACGGGGAUCCGAACAAGACUGUUCGGGUUCCUGAUGGGUUCGAUUAUGAGCUCUAUAACAGAAACGAUGUCAAUCGAGUUCUUGGACCCAAAUCCAAUUGUAUUUCUUUUAAAGACUCUGCUUGCCGCUGCUUUGGCUUCCUGGUUUCUAAGAAGAAAUAUAUUUUCACCAUCGAUGAUGAUUGCUUUGUGGCGAAGGAUCCAAGUGGGAAGGAGAUAAAUGCAUUGGCGCAACACAUACAAAAUUUGCUAACACCAUCAACGCCCUUCUUUUUUAACACACUGUAUGAUCCAUACAGAGAAGGAGCAGAUUUUGUAAGAGGGUAUCCAUUUAGCAUGAGAGGAGGAGUAGCUACUGCGAUAUCGCAUGGACUUUGGCUUAACAUUCCUGACUAUGAUGCCCCAACUCAGCUUGUCAAGCCUCUUGAACGUAACACCAGUUCACACAGGUAUGUGGAUGCUGUUCUCACAAUCCCAAAAGGGACUCUAUUUCCAAUGUGCGGGAUGAACCUUGCUUUUAACAGGGAGCUGAUUGGCCCUGCCAUGUACUUCGGACUCAUGGGUGAUGGUCAACCUAUUGGUAGAUAUGAUGACAUGUGGGCUGGUUGGUGUGCCAAGGUGAUAUGUGACCAUCUGGAUCUUGGGGUGAAAACCGGCCUACCAUACAUUUGGCACAGCAAGGCAAGCAACCCAUUUGUGAAUUUGAAGAAGGAAUAUAAGGGCAUAUACUGGCAGGAAGAUAUCAUCCCAUUCUUCCAAUCUGUUGCCCUCCCCAAAGAGUGCAAUACUGUGCAAAAAUGCUACAUUGAGCUUUCCAAACUGGUCAAGGAAAAGCUUGGCCAUAUUGAUCCGUAUUUUACAAAACUUGGUGAUGCCAUGGUUACCUGGAUUGAAGCGUGGGAUGAGCUAAAUUCCCCAGCUGAAGGAGCUACGGCACAGACCAACGUCACUAAGAAAGAAUGAGGCCUCUCCUUGUCCCUUGUGGAUACGGCAUUGGCUAUAUAUUUACAAUUGGAUGUAGUUGCCUUUAUCCUUUACUGGCAUUUGGUUUCUUCAAGUCAUCCAUACUGAGUUUGGUGUUCUUAUUUCUUUGUCUCUUCUAUGAACUAGAAAUACUGAAUGACUCUAAUUUCUUACAACAGAUCGAACCAUAAUGCAGUUGGCUCAGUGAUUGUUUUUC